ACCCGCCCCGAGUAAAGAGGGCGUGCUGCUGACAGCGGUGACAUGUUGGUGAGGAGGAGCCGAGCGGUGCUCCGUUGCUGGGUGCACUGGGCACUGGCUGUAUCGCCUUCUGUCUCAUUGUGGUGCAGGGACAGCCAGUACUACAGGCCUAGCAGCCAUCCGGAGCUUCGGCGGGGCAAGGCCACUAAACCGGCAAUGGAGAGGGACAUGUUGCAACCGGAAGGGGACAAGGAGGCGGAGAGACUCCUAAAAAAUAUGGAGGCAGUGGAAAACCCUGACAUUGAGCCUUCAGGUUCCUUCAACCAGUACCCUAAGGAGACAGUCCGGAAGCGCCAGAACUCGACCCGCAGCUCAAAGAGCAGCGACUCCUCCAGGUCAUCCAGGAAAAGCUUUAAAUUUGAUUACAGACUUGAGGAAGAUGUUACCAAGUCAAGAAGAAGCAAGAGCGGACAUUUUUGUAAUCCCUGGCCUACAUGGCAAAUGCCAUCCUUUAUGAGUAUCCUGAGGUGGUCAUUGACUGAGAAAGAUAAUAGCAGUAUACCCAGUUCUAAGCAGGAGCUGGACACAGAGCUUCCGGUACUAGAACCCUAUUUUAUCCAGCACCCUGAGCUAGCUGGGAAUACCAAAGAUGGAAUUCGGGUGACGUGGUUGGGACAUGCUUCAGUCAUGGUUGAAAUGGACGAGUUAAUUUUUCUUACUGAUCCUAUAUUUAGUCAGCGUGCGUCGCCCCUUAGUUUCUUGGGCCCAAAACGAUUUCGAGGACCACCUUGUACUAUAGAGCAGCUUCCAAAAAUAGAUGCGGUUGUGAUCAGCCACAACCACUACGACCAUCUGGAUUACAACACAGUACAUGGGCUUAAUGUGCGCUUUGGUGCAGAACUAAGAUGGUUUGUUCCUUUGGGUCUCUUGAACUGGAUGCAAAGCUGCGGCUGUGAAAAUGUGAUUGAGUUAGAUUGGUGGGAACAAAACUGUGUUCCAGGACAUGAUGAAGUGACCUUCGUGUUUACACCCGCUCAGCACUGGUGCAAAAGGACAGCUUUUGAUGAGAAUAAAGUGCUGUGGGGCAGUUGGUCUGUUCUUGGACCUUCAAACAGGUUCUUUUUUGCAGGUGACACAGGUUAUUGUGCUGCUUUUGAACAAAUUGGAAAAAGAUUUGGACCCUUUGACAUUGCUGCUAUCCCUAUUGGAGCCUACGAACCAAGAUGGUUCAUGAAAGGUCAGCACGUGGAUCCAGAAGAAGCCGUCAGAAUUCAUGCUGAUGUGCGUGCAAAGAAAUCAGUCGGCGUUCAUUGGGGAACGUUUGCGUUAGCAAAUGAGCACUAUUUGGAUCCACCCAUUAAAUUGAACGAAGCCCUUCAGAGAUACGGACUCAACAAAGAAGAUUUCUUUGUUCUUAACCAUGGAGAAUCAAGAGACAUCAGUACUGAUAACAACCAGUUAUCUGAGGAAGACGAUGAAUGAAAGCCUGUGAUAUAACUCACAUAUUGUAUGACUGGGCUGCUUUUGGUUUUAUAUUGUAUUUCAUGACAAUUAAUUUAUCCUUUUUUUUUUAAUGUAUACCAGAGUGUAUUUUAAUCUUUAUUCAGAAUUCCACACAGUAAGUAUGCCUUUGAAAGCAUAUUUAUUUACAUGUAUUAACAUGUGUUUUAUAAAUGAAGUCUUCCAACAAAUUUACGUUGCUAAACUACAUAAUGUACACUGAUUUAUAAUGCACUUUGCUUGCAAAAUAGGAGAUUAAUGCAGUAAAAAUGACAAAUGUGCCUUUUUAUCAGAAUAAGAUUCUUUCAAUCUGGAAAGAAUCGCACACUUUUUGUAACUGUGUCUUUUGCUUAUUUGCUGAAUACACACCCUGUACAUGAGGCAUGACAGGCAAAUUGUAUUUUUUUUUUUCUAUUUCUAUUAUGGAAAGGUUUGGGUUAUGAGUUUAAGUAUCUUGUAAAAUGUCUCCUGAUACUAUUAAGAAACAAAGCCACUGAUUAACAUGAGAUAAUAAUCAUUAGUAUAUCAAUGAAUAAUGUCAAAUUGUUUGCAUUAAAAUAUUUAAUGCUGUGAAUAACCAUAGUCAUUUAAAUUGGAUUCAUAUUUGUAUUAUUGUGCUUUGCUGUCUGAUUUUGCUAAACUGUGCCACUAAAAGAGGAGAGAGGUUUUUAAUACUACUUGGCUUUAUUUUAAAGCUAUAGAGAACUCGUUAUCUGUGCACUAUUCUCAAACAUAUACAUUUGCAAUAUAUACUAUAUAUUUGCAAUAUACUUUUAUUAGCAAAAAUGCUUCUUGGAUAUGUUAUUUACUGUUUUUCUGAGGCAUAUGCACAUAUGCUGUGAGGGCCCAUGUGAUGGUAUUUAAAUACCACACUCUCAGGUAGCAGUGGUUUGUAUGUCACAGACAUAGUACCACAUUGCAAUUUUGAUCUCUCUAUCCCUUUAAUUUGUUUCACAGUAACCUAGAUUUGACAGCCUGUCUAACGUUGUAUUAAGUGAUUGCCAGUAGAGCCACACCCCAUGUAUAUCUGAAUGCCUGUAUUGCAUUUGUGUCUGUCACUGGUGGUAAAAGGCGUUUCCUUGUUUUGGGUACUGAUACUGUAAACAAGUUCUUUCACUAAUUAUAAAUACCAUCUUUGUAAUAUUCCCUUUUUCCAAUUAUUCUGUUUUUUGAGAAAAAAAAUUCUCCUAAAAUAAAUUAAAUUUUAUGGAAUAAUGUUUUUUUUUAACUUUUUUGUUAGUUAAACACCAUUUGUUCUACUUUACUGUGUAAUAUUGUAGUUCUCAUAUGUCUGUACCUCAAUUUUUUAAUACCACUUUUAUUUACUACUUAAAGGGACAUGACACCCACAUUUUUUCUUUUAUGAUUUAGAAAGAGAAUGCAAUUUUAAACAUCUUUCUAAUUUACUUAUAUUAUCUAAUUUGUUUUAUUCUCUUGAUAUUAUUUGCUGAAAAGCAUAUCUAGAUAUGCUCAGUAGCUGCUGAUUGGUUGCUGCACAUAGAAGCCUUAUGUGAUUGGCUCACCAUGUGCAUUGCUUUUUCUUCAACUAAGGAUAUCUAAAAAAUGAAGCAAAAUAUAUAAUGGAAGUAAAUUGUAAUGUUGUUUAAAUUUCUAUUCUCUAUCUGAAACAUGAAAGAAAGAUAGAGAAUCCCAACUGUUACAUAUUCUUUAUCAGCAACAACACACAUCGUUCCCUUGAAGUCCGCUGCUGACAUCGCAGAUAAAUUAACAGGACUUUGUACUGUAUUUUCAUCAGCUAGGGUGUGUUUUUUUGUUACUUACAGAUCACUCUCUAUUUAUAUCAUUUGAAAUAGCAGAUUUUGCCUUUUGUAACCACCACCUAUACUGAAAAUGUCUGUACUAAAAUAUUGGCUUUUAGAAAAUAUAUCUACACAAAAUGUAGCAGCAGAAAUCAACCCCCAGUAAGGGGGUUGGAGAGAGAACCCAGCCCAUUUGAAAGGGUCUUCCUGAAGCAGCUUUGUAUUUGAUUAAAUCUUUACAUUGUCCCUUUAUUUAAACAGGCCCAAACAGUAAACUAUGGCACUCUGCUAGCGACUUUCCCCUGUUUGGUGAAGCCAAUCUAACAAGCUUCCCAGCAAGGGGACUAAUUAUCAUAAUCCGAGCGGACAUGAUCCGAUAUUGCAGAUCAUGUCCGCUGCACAUCGAUAAAUGCCGACAGCAUACGCUCUCAGCAUUUAUCAUUGCAACAGCAGUUCUGGUGCAAUGUCGCACCCUGCAGAUUCACUGACAAUUCGCCGCUAGCAGGGGGUGUCAAUCAAACCGAUCGUAUUCAAUCGGGUUGAUUUCUGUCCGCCACCUCAGAGCAGACGGACAAGUUUUGGAGCAGCGGUCUUUAGAGCUUGAGAAAUAUGCCCCCAAGUUUCAAUUUAACAUAAUUUCCUUUCAAGGUGUUCUCUGCACAGACAAUUAAAGCAGAACACACUUUUCUUAAAAACAACACCACUAAGAGCUGGAAUCAUAAUGUCAAGUUAUAGAGUAGUAGAUUCAGGCGUAAUUUGCAGAAGCAAGAAGCAUUGGGUGGUUGAUUCAUGGGACAAUCUUCCAGUAGAGGUGGUAAUCAUAACGGCUGUAAAAUAAAUCGAGAAUACCUGGGAUAUGCAUAAGGCUACCUUAAAGGGACAUUACACACUUCUUGGUUUUAUGUAAAAAUUAUGCUUUGUUCCACGCUACCUAGAGAGGCCAAAAAAGCAAACUCUAACCUAGGUUUUCAAAAUGCUGAAAAUUGCCUAAACCAGCCUUUUUGAUGUAGAGGAUUUGCAGGUUACAGAAUUUCCGGACUGUGGGACAAUAGCAAAUUCCACGCAAAAGCAAGAGAUGUUCAAAUAUAAAAGGGCCAAUUGUUUAAAAUACUUUAAACAUUUCAGGAAUAAAUCUUGGCAGACUCUAUAGGCCUCUUGGUUCUUAUCUGUCAUCAAAAUCUGUAUUUCUGUUUGUUAAAGGGACAUGAAACCCAAAAAUUUCUUUCAUGAUUCAGAUAGAGAAUACAGUUUUAAACAGCUAACUAAUUUACUUCUAUUAUUUAAUUUGUUUCAUUCUCUUGGUAUCAUUUGUUGAAGGAGCAGCAAUGCACUAAUGGUUUCUAAGUGAACACAUUGGUGAGCCAAUGACAAUAAGUAUAUAUAUAUAUAUAUAUAUAUAUAUGCAGCCACCAAUCAACAGCUAGUACCUAGGUUCUCUGCUGCUCCUGAGCUUGCCUAGAUAAACCUUUCAGCAAAGGAUAACAAGAGAAGGAAGCAAAUUAAAUAAUAGAAAUAAAUUGGAAAGUUCUUUAAAAUUGUUUUAUCUAUCUGAAUCAUGAAAGAAAAAUUUUGGGUUUCAUGUCCCUUUAAUGAGAGACUUAAAGGGAUAGGAAAGUCAAAAUGAAACUUGCAUAAUUCUGAUAGAGCAUGUCAUUUUAAGACAGUUUUAAAUUAACUUCUAUUUUCAAAUGUGCAUUGUUCUCUUGGUAUCACUUAUUAAAGAAUACGCACAUAUCCUACACUAUUGUGAGCUGCUGCUAAUUGGUGUCUGAACACAUUUCUUUUUUGUGAUUGGCUAACUAGAUGUGUUGAUCUUUCUGCCAGUAGUGCAAUGCUGUUCCUUCCGCGAAGGAUAACAAGAGAACGAAGCAAAUUUGAUAAUGGAAGUAAAUUGGAAAGUUGUUUAAAAUUGUAUGUUCUAUCUAAAUCAUGAAAGAAAAUGUUGUGGUUUCCUGUCCCUUUAAACUAGAUCUACAAUAAAGUAUUUAACAGAGCAAGUUUUAGAGCAACUUUGUUUUAGAAAACGUUCCCAAGUAGUGCCUUUAUAAAAAAAAGUACACCAUCAUUUUUCCAAAGCAAAAACAUUUUAGCAAGAAUUCUAGAAUUUUACUUUCACCUCUACCAUUUAGUUCAGGGCUACAUACUUUGCAGAAGCUGACUUUCUUUUAUUCAAUUGGUCCACAAACUUGUUAGCAGGAAACCUUAACAGGGCAGAGUUUGAGAGUCCUCAAAAUGGCCGAUAUAUUAAAUUUGAGUAAGAAUAACCACAAAUGGUGAUAUAUUGAUGUUUUCUGGGGCAGCUUUGGGAGCACUGUUUGUAAAGCAUUAAGGGCUAAAUCAAAAUCCUUUAGAGAAUUAAAACUUAUCAAAUGAUUUAUCUACAAGAGACUUUAAUGGUGGUGUUUUAUUGAAAAACAUUAGCUAAGGAUUUCUAAAGGAUUGUGAUCGACCCCUAACUUUGUGCUGUACCCAAAUGAUCAGUUUUUAUAGAUUAUAAUAAAAUGUAAGCAGUAAGAACUAAUGAAUGUACAUGAAGCUUGUUCUAUAAAUUACAAAUGUGCUAAUCGCAUGUAUGAAGUUUAUAAAAAUCAAAGCAUCAGAAUAAAAAUUGAUUGAACACACCAA